AUGUCUUUCAUCACACGUGUUGCUCCCCGUGCGGGCUCCUUGAACUCCAUCGUCCGUUCCACAGCUACUCCUUCACUGUUUGUAGGAGGCGCCCGCUCUAUCUCUGUCACGGCAGCAAAGCAAAAGGGCCCCGUGGAAGCAGCCAAGGAUACCCUGAAGAAGACGGACGACGUUCUCUCCGGUGCGGCAGUCAAGGGAAUCGAGAAGGGCGAGCAAGUAGCCGAAGCAAUCAGAGGCACCGCCAACAAGAACACCGGAGAAUUAAAGGGAGAUGCAGCGGAGCUCGCUGGUCAGGGCAAGAGCAAGGCUGAAGAAACAUUGGGAUCUGCAAAGGGCAAGACCGAGGAGACCCUGGGCUCAGCAAAGGGCAAGGCCAAAGAAACUCUAGGCGAGGCCAAGGGCAAGGCGAAGGAAACAGUCGGCAACUUCUAA